UUCUCAACCGACGCAAAUACUGCCCCAGCCAGAGUUCUUCCACCAUCCAGGCCAUCCUUUUUGGCUUUUGCUGGUGGCUUCCCAAAUUUUCGUUCUUUCCAGUUCCUCUGAUCGCCUGUCCCUCGCUCUUUGGCUGUACCAUUCUCUCUCUCUCUCUCUCUCUCGGUUUGUCCCCUUCUCUGCGAGGUUCAGAGACACUCGCAUGCUAAUACUCCACCACCACCCACCCUCCCUCUUGAACCCUCCAAGAAGCUGCUCCGAUCCCGGCCUCCCAAAAUCAUCCAUACAGAGGAAGAAUGAGUUCUAUUUCAUACUAAGAAUGACUGCCGAUUCGAAGCCCUGAUCCUCUAAUCAUGUGGUUUCCCUUCUGGAGAUCGAGAGAUCGUUUCUCCUUGAGCGAACUAAGAUAUUUAACAGAUCAGCUGUUGAAAGUUCAAAUUGUUAAUGAAGUUAACAAGGAUUUUGUCAUUGAGGCUUUGAGAUCAAUUGCAGAGUUGAUAACAUAUGGCGACCAGCAUGAUCCAACUUUUUUUGAGUUUUUCAUGGAGAGGCAGGUCAUGGGAGAAUUUGUUCGUCUACUAAAUCUUAGCAGAACUGUGACUGUUUCACUUCAGUUGCUGCAGACAGUGAGCAUUAUGAUUCAGAACUUAAAAAAUGAACAUGCCAUAUAUUAUAUGUUCAGCAAUGAACAUAUUAACUACCUUAUAACUUACAACUUUGACUUUCGCAAUGAAGAAUUGCUGUCUUAUUACAUGUCCUUUCUAAGAGCAAUAAGUGGAAAUCUGAACAAGAAUACGAUUUCUCUGCUUGUGAAGACACAAUAUGAUGAAAUAGUUUCCUUUCCACUGUAUAGCGAGGCAAUACGGUUUGCUUUCCAUGAAGAGAACAUGAUCCGCACUGCAGUACGUGCCUUGACACUUAAUGUUUAUCAUGUGGGAGACGAAUGUGUUAACAGAUAUGUUGCCAGCACUCCUCAUGCAGAUUAUUUUUCAAACCUGGUUAAAUUUUUUCAGAAGCAGUGCAUCGAAUUAAGUGGAUUGGUCUCAAAUUCUUCAGAAAACCUGGGCCCAGAGUCAACUUCUGGCAUUCUUUCUGUUGUCGAUGAUAUCGAGGAUGAUCUCUACUAUUUUAGUGAUGUUAUUUCAGCUGGAAUUCCUGAUGUUGGGAAGUUGAUAGCAGACAAUAUUUUGCAGCUUUUGAUAUUUCCACUGCUUCUUCCUUCUCUGAGGAUGGACACUGUUAAUGGACCACAAAUUGGUGCUGUCACUUCUUUUUAUUUACUUUGCUGCAUCUUGCGCAUAGUUAAAAUCAAAGAUUUGGCAAAUACAAUUGCUGCUGCUCUAUUCUGUUCAGUAGAGGGUUUUACACCAUUUAUUGAAGCUAAAUUGAACGGCUUUAUUUCUGGUCAUGGUUUUACUCAUCGAUACCAACUGCCAGACAAUGAUAGUUCUAGUAUGGAGGUGGAUUCUGGAAGUUUAAGAGUUGGCAUGACAAGCUGGUCUACUUCACAAAUUCAUCCAGAAGAUGGUAUCUCACAACAGAAUCAUAGUAAUUCUUGUUUGGAUUUGAGGGAGGUCUUACUUUCUUAUGUUACUGUUGGGAAUGAUGUACAAGUUUUUGGUUCGUUGAGUGUGCUAGCUACAUUGCUGCAAACAAAAGAAUUGGACGAGUCAAUGCUUGAUGCACUAGGAAUUCUCCCACAGCGCAAACAACACAAGAAACUCUUGCUUCAAGCUCUAGUUGGUGAGGGCGUAGGUGAAGAACAACUAUUUUCCUCGGGAAGUAGCUUUGCCAGAGAUGGUAUUGCUAGCGAGCUUGAUGUUUGUCUACAAAAGCUUAAGGAGGAAUAUGGAGUUUCGUGUUCUUGCAUGGAAGUACGGGCAAGCCCUCGUAUGCAUAGAUUUCAGGUGCUCGAUGCAUUGGUCAAUCUUUUCUGCCGAUCAAAUAUUUCUGCAGAGACGUUGUGGCAUGGUGGCUGGCUUCUGCGUCAGUUGCUUCCUUAUUGUGUGACGGAGUUUAACAACCAUCAUGUUAAAUUGCUUAAUGAUUCGUUCAAGAAUUGCACAACUUGUCUUCUCCAGGAAGUUAGGGGAGUCUGGCCUGAUCUACUUAUAACAAUUCUUUGUGAUGAGUGGAAAAAAUGCAAAAGAGCAAUUGAAGCUUCAUCGCCCCAAAAAGAGCUCAAGUGCAUAUUGUUGCUGUCACAAAAGUCCUCUUUUGAUGAAGUUGAUCCUUGCGAAUCAUCCUUUAUUGCUGGAGAAAGAAUGUGCGAGAAAGUAAAGGUUUUUAUACUUCUUCUUCAGAUUCAAAUUUUCACCCAUGGUAGAACUUUGCCUGAUCAACCUCCUGUUGGUCCUCCAAUUAAUAUCUCCACAAACUCCCGAGCUAAAGCUGCUGGCCUGGAUGUUUUAGGUCCAAAGCCUGGCACUGAAUUAAAACUUGAUGAUGCUGUGCCCUGUAGAAUUGCAUUUGAGAGGGGUAAAGAACGUCACUUUUACUUUCUAGCAGCCUCCAUCGGAUCUUCUGGGUGGGUGAUCCUUGCAGAUGAGCUGCCCCUGAAGCAACAUUAUGGAGUUGUCCGUGUUGCUGCACCUUUGGCUGGCUGUAAUCCCAGAAUAGAUGAGAAGCACUCAAGAUGGCUGCACUUGCGAAUUCGUCCAUCGACUCUGCCCUUUGUGGAUCCUGCUAAAUCUGUUCCUAACGGAAGAUUGAAGGCAAAAUCUUUGGUUGAUGGGAGAUGGACCCUAGCAUUCAGGGAUGAAGAUGCUUGUAAGUCUGCUCUGUCCAUGAUUCUUGAAGAGAUGAAUUUACAAACAGAUGAAGUGGGGAGACGACUAACUCCUCUACUCGACCUUGAAAGAACUUUAAAUUUUUUGAACUCAACUCCGCAUGCUUUGGAGGCUUCACCCUCGAAUACAGCACCUUCCAAUUCUUUACGAGUCCUCACAAGCUAAAGUUUUAUUUCCUUCUUAUAAUUAUAGUUGCCUUUGGGUGGGAUUUCUUUUGUCAAGCCAUCCCUCUUGUAUAUGCUCACAACUGGACGUAGUUGCUCAGAAGUGUAUAUUAGCUCCCAUUUCAGUGCCAUUCUUUGUAUAUUACCAUUUAGUUUUGCCCUAAUCUGUAAGCAUUUCAGCUGUUUUACCGCUUAUCCUUUUGAUUUCCCCAGCUUAGGAUUCUCUCUUUCCCUAAUUUGUAAUCUGUUUUUAACAUUCUUUGUGUAUUCGAGGUACACCGAGGUGAUGCUAAUAUAAAGGUCUGAGGUGUAUUUUUUAUUUUUA